ACGAAGACGACGCGCGCCAUAUCUCUUUCCUGCCAAGAGAAGUUUCCCAUUCGCUUGGAAUCAUGUCAGACGUCGAAACUGAUGAUGUUCCCUCCGCGGUGACUGCUGGUGGUCCCAUGGACAUAAACACAGCUCUUCAAGAGGUUUUGAAAAAUUCUCUCAUUCACGAUGGAGUCGUUCACGGACUUCACGAAGCUGCUAAAGCCCUCGACAAGAGGCAAGCAAUGUUGUGCAUCCUGGCCGAAAACUGCGACGAGGCAAUGUACAAGAAACUGGUGCAGGCUCUUUGCAAUGAGCACCAAAUUCCUCUGAUCAAGGUCGACAACAACAAGAAAUUGGGCGAGUGGGCUGGUCUCUGCAAAAUCGACAACGCCGGAAAAGCGAGGAAAGUCGUCGGCUGCUCUUGCGUUGUCAUCAAGGACUUUGGAGAGGAAACUCCGGCGAAGGAUGUUUUGAUGGAGUACCUCAAACAAAACACUGUACAUUAGGAUUUUGGAGAGGAAACUCUGGCGAAGGAUGUUCUGUUGGAGUACCCUAAACAAAACACUGUACAUUAGGUAUCUUUAAUAAAAUAUUUGACAUACA